AUGCUGGCCCCAACAACAGUCGCAGCCCUCGCCCUCCUCUCCCUCGUCGGGGCGGCACCCACCGCACACGUCGUCGAACCCCGCGCCACACGGCCCGACGGCGCGGCCGGACGCGCCCCGCACCAGCCCUACCAGCACGGCUACAACGCGAGCGGCAUCAAGGCGUGGUCGGCGGACGCGGACCCGCAGGCGCGGUACCUGCGCUCGCGGGUACCCUUGGCCGCUCGUAUCUCGCCUCUAGCAGCCACACAGGCGAACCCCAGCCUCUCGCCCGCGGUCAAGGUCGUCGACCUGGCGCUCGACUACGACGGCUCGUUCUUCACGUCGUUCAAGUACGCCGACGACUUCUCGCGCCGCGUGAGCACGGGCUGGAGCUAUGUCGACCUCUAUGGCUCGUGGCACGGCAUGCCUGUCGCUGGCAGCUCUGAGUCCACGCCCGAGCACGGCGUCGUCAACCUCCCCAAUCCUGGCUGGACGGACGCCGCGCACCGUAACGGUGCGAAGAGCCUCGGGUGCUGGUUCUGGCCGCGCAAGGGCGUGUUUGGCGACUACCUCGAGCAGAAGGCCGACGGCAGCUUUCCUGUCGCGGACAACCUCGUGGCCAUGAUGAAGUAUUUCGGCUUCGACGGCUACUUCUUCAACCAGGAGGCGAGUAUCUCGUCGUCCGACGCGGCCAAGCUGCUGCUGUUUGUGCAGUACCUGCGCAAGAUUGCGCCGGUUAUCGAGCUGCAGUGGUACGACGCGGUGCUGCCGUCUGGCCAGCUGAGCUACCAGAACACGGUGAACAGCCGCAACGCGCCGUGGCUGCUCAGCGGCGGCAAGCGCGGCGUCUCGUCCAUCUUUGUCAACUACUGGCUCGGGAGCGCGGCGCAGAUCGACACGAGCGUCGCCACGACCACGGGGCUCGGGCUCGACCCCCACGGCGUGGUGUUCCAGGGGACCGAGUGCGAGAAGUACGGCUUCAACCCGGCAUACGACCCGCGCAUCUUCCUGCCCGAGAGCGCGCCGCACCGGAUCAGCUGGGGGCUGUUCGGGAGCCACUUCACGUGGCGCGGGUACGCGAACCCGGACAGCAGCGCGCUGGCCGACGUGCAGGCGGUCGCGAAGCGCGAGCGGCAGUACUGGUCCGGCCCGAACUCGGACCCCAGCAGGACCGGGCGCACGACGUACGUGCCGUAUGUCGACACCGGGGUCGGCCAGUCGCAAGACGACGCGACGAAGUGGGACGGCGUGGCGCACUACAUUGUCGAGAAGAGCGUUAUUGGCGGCUGGCCGUUCGUGACCCGCUUCAAUACGGGCAAGGGCCAGUCGUGGUUCCGCGCCGGCGUGGCCACCAAGGGCGAGUGGAACAACAUCGGCGUGCAGGACCUCCUGCCGACCUGGCAGUUCUGGGGCAACGCGACCGCCGAGUACGACUACGAGGUCGCGUUCGACGGCGGGAGCAGCUUGAAGGUGACGAGCGGGGGCACGCUGAAGCUGUACAAGACCAACCUUGUCGUCGGGGGCGGGGAGAGCGUGCGCCUCGUGCUGGCUGGCAGCGCGGCCGUCGAGGUGGGCUUUGCGGACGCGAGUGGGACGUACACUUUCCUGCCUGCGGCGAGUACCUGGACGAGCACGGCCAUCGGCAGCACUUGGAAGAGUUACACGACGACCCUGUCGGCGCUGAAGGGCAAGACGAUCUCCGCCAUCGCCCUCCGCUUCGCCAGCGGCACGACCAACGUCGGCGAGCUUGCCCUCGUGUCUGGCCCGCCGGCGGCCCCGGCCACCCCGAGCGGCUUCAAGAUCGACAACACGUACCCCGCCAGCAGCGGCACCAGCGCCGAGGUGUUCCUCUCUUGGGCGCUCGACAGCGCAGUGUGGUACUACGACAUCGUGGUGAACGGCGCUGUGGUGGGCAGGAUGUAUGAUGAGGUGUAUUACCUCAAGAACGUCCCCAAGGGCGCCGUGGUCACCCUCGAGGCGGUCGCGCGGGACGGGGCGCGCAGCGCCGCGGCGAGUGUCACGGUGUAG